AUGGCUACCGACAGACUGCCACUACAUCUUUGCAAUUCGAUAAAACAGUACUGGUUAAAAGUAGUCAUCAAUAUAAAAUAUACGUUAGAUUUAAUACAGAGGGAGACGCAGGUGAAGCUGAAGAAAAGCCUUAACUUGGAUGUGAAGGAGAAGCUCAAGUUGGUUUUGCUGUUAGUAUUAUUGCUGUCACAAAACUCGAGUGGGAAUAAUUUCGGCGGUAGGAAUUCAAUGCUAAGAACCAGGAUAAUUGGCACACGAUACGGCAAGCUGCAAGGUGUCAUAUUGCCGAUGGAUCAGCAUAAAUAUUUGAAGCCCGUCGAGGCUUAUUUGGGUGUUCCGUACGCUACUCCACCGACUGGUUCUAACAGUAAUGGCGUCUUUAAAUAUAACGUAAACCAAAAUUGUGAAAAAUCUGCUAACAGAUUUGCACCCACGAGAGCUCCAGCGCCGUGGGACGACGUCAAAACCGUAGAUCAAAUGGGCCCCGUCUGUCCCCAAAGACUACCUGACAUCGGCAACGAAACGCUAGCCCUAGAGAAGAUGCCAAAAGGAAGGUUGGAGUAUCUGAGGAGGUUGCUGCCUAGGCUGAAGAACCAGAGCGAAGAUUGCCUGUAUAUGAAUAUUUAUACACCUGUUCAAGUUGGUCCAACUCUGCAAGCUAAAUAUCCAGUUGUCAUCUUCAUUCAUGGAGAAUCCUUUGAAUGGAAUUCUGGAAAUGUUUACGAUGGAGCUGUUCUUUCGAGCUACGCUGGUGUCGUGGUCAUCACCAUAAACUACAGACUUGGUAUCCUGGGAUUCCUGAAUGCCAACCCGAUUCCCCACUUGAAGGCGAGGGUGGCCAAUUACGGACUGAUGGACCAAAUAGCUGCACUUCACUGGGUGCAACAGAACAUCGCGCUGUUUGGUGGUGACGCUGGUAAUGUCACGAUGCUUGGUCACGGUUCUGGCGCCGCUUGUAUCAAUUUCCUUAUGAUCUCACCUACUGUCAUGCCAGGUCUUUUUCAACGCGCUAUUCUCCUAUCUGGAUCGGCGUUAAGUUCCUGGGCUUUAGUUGAGGACCCCGUCAGCUUUUCUCUUCAACUGGCUAAAGAAUCUAACUGCACCCUUCCAGAAGACAUAGUGAAAGACCACGAACUAAUAGUAGACUGUCUGAGAGAAGUACCUCUCGAGGAACUUAUGUCAGCAGCAAUCAGUACACCAAGCUAUUUGACAGCAUUCGGACCAUCCGUUGACGGUGUUGUUGUUAAAACAGACUACGCUAAAGAACUAUUAACAUUUUUCAUUCCGAACGACCUCCAAGGUUUCACUAGUGUGUCCGGAGUUAACAAUUUCAAAGCGGAUAAAAGGAGCGGCGAUAGGAUAUUCGGGAUCAGGGGAGGUCAAAAUAAAUACGAUCUGCUAUUCGGAGUGGUUACUAGUGAGGCCCUUUGGAAAUUCUCGGCUCAGGACAUACAAAACGGAUUUGAGGGCGAGAGGAGGGAUAGAAUAAUAAGGACUUACGUGAGAAAUGCCUACACAUAUCACUUGAGCGAGAUAUUCUUCACAAUCGUCAAUGAAUACACGGAUUGGGAAAGGACUGUUCAGUACGUAGCGCCGUUGGUCCAGACGGGAGAUUUCCUCAGCGUAGCCAAAAGCUCACCAGAUUCGGGACCUAAGACUUUCUUCUACGUCUUUGAUUACCAGACCAAAGAUGGCGACUACCCUCAGCGAAUGGGCUCAGUACAUGGUGAAGAACUGCCGUACCUAUUCGGUGCACCGCUAGUUGAUGGACUGGGGCACUUUCCCAAAAACUACACCAAGUCCGAAGUAGCCCUUAGUGAAACCUUCAUACUGUACAUGGCAAAUUUCAUCAGAACAGGCAACCCAAAUGAAGCUCAACGUCAAGAGGGCGUCCUUCCAAUUUCGAGAGAGAGGAAUCGAUAUAAAAGCAUCGUAUGGGACGAAUAUGAUACGCUUCAUCAGAAAUACUUGGAAAUUGGCAUGAAACCGCGCAUGAAAAACCAUUACCGCGCCCAUCAGCUGUCCGUGUGGCUACGGUUGAUCCCGGAGAUCCACAGGGCCGGAAUGAAGGACGUGGUCGCGAAACACAACCUUUUCAGAAACCACAACGAUCCGGAACUAUACGACGGGCUGGUCCGGCCCGAUCCGCUCACCCGGGCAAACUAUUUCGACCCGACCCUUGAGCUAUAUCGGCGUCCCAUCUACAACGUUACGCUGGACAUACCCUCCACUACAAUGGACACCUACGUGACUACCUGCAUAAGUGUCAUGUCGGCGAGGCCAGGGUCCGCUGUCACUCAAAGUCACGCGGCAAACAAUACGAGUGCUCAGGACGUGUCUAAUUUAGAAGUUGCGGGAUACACUGCUUAUUCAACCGCUUUGAGUGUUACAAUCGCUAUAGGAUGCUCACUUUUGAUUCUCAACGUAUUGAUAUUUGCGGGCGUAUACUAUCAACGCGACAAAACUCGACUACAAGUGAAAGCAUUGCAGCAACAACAAAAGAGAAAUCACAAUUCGACAUUCGAUAGCGUAUCCUCUAAGCAUCCCCAUUACUUUGUCGGGCAUUCCCAAAGCUCCAGCACGAUUGUGGACAUCGAUCAUCAAGACAAGAACGCCAUUAUAGCGAUGACGAACAGAGUGCCGCACUUUACUAGCUCUAAUUGUCCGAACGUUUGUCACACGGGAAUUCAGAUGUCAAAUAUGUCACAGAAAACUAGUCCACCUACGAAUAGAGGGCAAUGUACCACUUUGCCGAGAAAGGUGGGUUUCAGUUAUCAGACACAGAAUCAAAUAUGCAAUGCGUCUAAUUGCAUGACUUUACCUAAAAAUGCUACUUUCAUGAGCAGCGCAAGUAAUUUGCCAGAUGUGCAAGCUCAGACUGGACAGUCCCAAGGUCCAGGGAACGGUUCAGUGCUUCCUCCUCCGUCUUCGCCGCCUUCGCAACACUUCCAAAAGUCGAGAGUUCCCCAAGCGGCCAUGUCGGAAAUGAACGUAUGA